ACCUGUGCCAUCAAAUAUUUGCAAUUGACUUUGACAUAAACAGUCAAUUCUAAGCUCAGCUAUGCAAGAACGGGGGAAAAACAUGUUUCAAUCUAGACAAUGCUUUAUUAUUACUUGUGGAAUGUGAUGCCAGCAUUACGAGUCUCACGGUUGUCACGGGAUUUGCAGCCGCCAGCAGAACAGUGUCUGGGCAUCUGAAAGAUGGCAAUAAAACAUUUUUAUAUCAUGGCCAAAAUGACAGCGUUGAAGUUUAUUUUUUAUCAUAGACAUAUCACAAAACGGGAAAUACUGCAAUGUGUGAAUUGGAAUAAUUAAAAAAGAAUUCCAGUCCAGAAAAUUCUCCUUUAAGUCACGCAUGCGUAGUGCUUAUUUGGUUGCCAUAUGCUAAGUGCUAACAGGGCCUCCAUCUUACCGCAUCUCAGUGCUCGUGCAUGUUGCAAAAAUAAUCGAAAAGGCGUGCAAUGACAUUUUUAAACCCGUGGGAUGUCUCACAUUGUUGCUAACUGCAGCGAGCUAACUUUUAAAUUUAGCCAAGUGCCAAAUAAUUUGCAUGCCAGAGCGGAACGAGCCAUCUCGGUAAUUAGCCAUAAACGCGACAAAACAGCAAAUACGCCCGUUUAUGCUUCACGGCUUUGGAAAAUAUUUACAUUUGACGGUUUGGUCGUUUAUAACAAAAGUAUAUUACCAUGCACAGAAGAGUUGACCUCAGGAAGAUGGCUGCUGUGUCCGCCUUGCACCUUUUUCCGGUUUUAUGACGUCACUUUUAUGGACGUUCGGUUUAACAUAUGAACACAACUUUAACGACUAGACAUUAGUGUGAAAUAUUGGCGGACGUAAUAAAAACACAUGGGUGUAUUUUUCAAAAUACUAUAGUAAAUUAUGACUGAAACACGUAAAGAGUAUUCUAGAAAAAGACGAUCAGGCUUUAAUGGACAAAAAAUGGGUUGUUGAGUUAUCGAAGUGGGUGUUUGUUUGUGAAUAAAUAAAUAAUAUCACAAGCAAUGACAUUCUUAUUAAAGACUGGAGAGUUGACAACCUUCAUCCUUGGGAACCUAAUUUUGUAGGCAUCGCAUGCAUGUAUGCAAACGAGCUCUUGUCUGCAGGUCACGGUCAGAGAUGGGGGAGUUUUUUUUUUUUUUUUUUGUAUGUGUUUGUUUUAAUGCAGAGGCUGUCUGGACUCUGGAGGAUAUGUGUCUGGCCAGCCCUCCCCUUCAUUGUCCCCCAUCCAGUCCUCCCCCACGAAGUUGGGGUGUGGGUGAGCUGCAAAUCACAACGCCUCGCAGCAGUCAGACGCGGAUGCAAAGCACCGGACUGCACAUCAUUUCUUUCUUCCCCAUCCUAUGGCGAGGUUGCUGGAAGUCCAAAUGAGGAUCCGAGCUCCUCUGGGGGGCACGGUCAUGUAGCCAGGGGCUGCAUGCGGAGGCUCCGGGCUGCCUGCAACGGCGCGGGCUCCUCCUCGCUGCCCCGACUUCCCCGGCGUCCCGGUGGCUGUCUGAUGCGAAACCCAGCGGCCCAUUUGCGAAGCUCGAGCCCCACACAGUCCAAUGAUUAUUGCUCUUGCACCAGACCCCAGCCACAGGGCAUGGAUAUAUCUGAACUGGAGUUGGUUCAGAUAAUACUUAUCCUGCUGGCGAUGAGCGUCAUGGUGGCCGUCGUCGUGUGCCUUCUCAUGCACUACCGCCUCGUCGCCCUAUCACUCCUCGGCCGGCUGGGCCAGGCGCGGGAAGUCUCGACGGCGGAGGUCCGACGGGACGCGAGUGGGUGGCCGGAUGGUGUGCUGAGUCAACAUGGACAAGGCCAGAGCUGCACCGCACCAGUCCUGGUGCAGCACCACCACCACCUGUGUCGCCUGCAGCCCACCUACCCAUACAUGCCGCAGGAGACCGUCAACCUGCCCCCCAUGAUCUGCUUACCCAGCGAGGAGGAAAAGGCACCCCGCUACUUUCGGCAACAUCCGGAGCUGAAGCGCUCCUGCAUUCGGGCGCCGCCUAACCGCAAUGUCCUUAUAGACAAUUAUGUGCACAACGCCGGACCACGGGUGGCCAAACAGGAUUCUGAAAGCGGCGGCGAGAGGUCCGAGAGCCCCCCGCCCUCCUACAGUGUGACUAUAGAGGACCCCUAUUGUAAAAGUACUCCCCCAGGUCCAAAAAGGUUACAGACACAUUGGAGCCCCACUGAAAACACGACCUCCACCGAGGCUGUCCCUCAUAACUCCUCAGUCACUUGAGAGAUGCAACCAAACUUUUCCUUUGUGAUAUUUAAAUGUUAUCAAAUGUUUUUUAUGCGGUGCUAAAAAAAAUCUCUUGUGUUUUUGUCUAUUUUUGUAAGCUUUUCCAUGUCUUUCUGCUCUACAUUUGGACUCAGUGCCCUGAUAAACAUUAGUCCGAACUCACAGAAUGUACUGGGCUUUGUAAUGCAAAAAAAAAAAGCUAGCUGAAGUUGCACAGAGAAUGCUUCUGCUUUUUGAUGAUUUUUCAAGCUGCUAAAGCUUUUUGCUUGCGUCGGAGAGCGUAUAUGUAGACAUUUCUUUUAUCACAUUAUAUACCCAGAGGCAAGUUUCUGUUUUCGUUUCAUACUCACGGCGACAUUGAUGUCACCACCUCAAGCACUUUUGCCUCUGAAUCGACAAAACACGGGAAGGAGGACGACGCAUCCUCCAUAUAAGCCAUGCACAGCAAUAUACUCUUGUCGGUGCAAUUGACCUGAGUUUAAGCUACAAGUAUAGACGCUGAAUUUUGAGAAAAAAAAUAUUCUUGUCGUUUACAUUUUCAUGUUAUUUAACAAAGAUUUUGUAUUUAUAAGGUGUAGCAGUUUACAAUA